CCUCUCCCCGUCCUCCGCAGUCGCUGCCAUCCCCUCCGGCCUCCGCCGUUUGGCGCCGCAAGAAAACCAGCCGAAAAAACCUCAAAAAAACCCCGCGCCGCGCGGCCAGAUCACGGAGACGGCGCGGCGAAUCGCCGUGCGCCAGCGCCGCGGAUCGCAGCAGAGGCAGGCAGGCAGGCAGGCGUGGGGGCGGACCGCGGACGGAGGAGCUCCGCGCCUUUCGCCACCCCGCCCCCAUCCCCGAUUAAAAAACUUGACCCCGCUCACUGCUCGCCUUCGCUUCGCUGGUCGCUGGCUCUGCGUUGUGCGCGCGUGCUCGGCUCCCCACCCCCGCCCGCCCCAAUUCGUUUACCGGGUCCGGUCUCCGCCCCCGAAUCUUUUCCCUCCUCGCGCUCCGCAGCCGCACCACCGCCACCAGGCUCGCGCGUGCAGCGUGUCGGGGGCGGACUACCAGUACUGCCGAGGGAUGAUUGAGAUGUGAUCGGAGCUCGGCUGUCGGUCCGGGUUUCGGUUGCCGUCGGACCGUGGCGCGGGGAGGAGGCAAGCUGGCGGGGAGAUGUGGUGGCGCGGAGGAGGACGAGGACGAGGACGAGGAGGAGGGGGAGGUUUGGGCGGCUGCUGUGCGCUCCUCGCCGCCGCCUUCGUAGUCUCCGCGCUCGUGAUCCGUGGUGGUGGAGGAUUGAAGCAAUCUCAUGCACCUGCUGUUGCUCGCAAGGUUCUUCUAUCGAUAACGAGUUGGCAUCCACACAAUAACUUGGAUAAUGUGCUCCAUCCAUCUCAAAUACAAGAGCAAAGGUUCAAACGUGUAGCUCCUCAACCAUCUCGUACUCGAACAGGCCAGGAGACAUCUAAAGUACCUGUUGCUUCACCACCUGUGAAAUUUCCGAGACAAAGAAAGCCACCACCAGGAGGACCAGCAGCUUCUCCAGAAACAGCAGUUCAUCCAGCUAACCAUGGUAAGGACCAUGGAGUUCCAGUUGCAGUGCCUUCACAAGGAAUUCAUCACCAUUCCAUGCCUGUGAACAAAACACACGGAAAGACUUAUAGACCUCCAGUUGUGGCGCCAGCAAAGAGAAAGCAUCCCCACUCGCCUGCAAAUAAUACGUAUGUGGAAGGACCUGCUGUUUCUCCCUCAAAUUCUCCCAUUAUCCAUAGGAAAAGACAUGGCAUUCCAGUUGCUGCACCUCCAAAGGAACACUCCAGCCAUGCACCACCUGCAAAUCAUAGACACCACAAAGGCCAUGGAAAUUCUGGUUUACAUCAUGGUCCUACACCUGCACCUGCACCUGCACGUGUACGUUUGCCUCCAUCAAAAGGAAAGAGACAAGGAAAUUCCGCUCGUGCUCCGCGCCAUUCCCAUCAAUACCAUUCACCAUCAUAUUCUCCAGGACCUGCUCUACCACCCAUUCUUCCACCUGAAACUCCUGCAUUCAAAAAGCCCAAGGCUUUGGCACCAGCGCCUAGCCAAUCGCUGCUACCGCCACCAACAGAUUCAUACUGCACAGCUUCCUGUCAAGAUCCCCAGACCAAUAGUCCUCCAGGAACGACAUGCCUAUGUGUGUUGCCGAUAAAAGUCGAGCUUCGCUUUGGUAUAGCAUUGUACACGUUUUUUACACUGGUUCCAGAACUUGCACAAGAUAUCGCAUCUGGAGUGCUCAUGAAUCAAAGCCAAGUUCGUGUCAUGGGAGCAAAUGCUGCACCUGAUGACCCUGAGAAGACAAUUGUCUUUAUUGAUCUCGUGCCAGUGGAACCAAAAUUUGACAAUGUGACAGCACAUUCAGUAUUUGAAAAGUUUUGGCAGCAGAAGGUCAUCAUAAACCCUACGCAUUUUGGAAAAUAUGACGUGUUGGGUGUUAUUUACCAAGGUCUUCCUCCGCCACCACCAACAGCAAGCAUGAACAAUGGUCUUAGCAAUAUAAAUGGUCCAAAGUUACAUCCACUUGUUGCUGAUGUUGGAAAUAAUAGAGAAAGAAAAGGCAAGGGCAUAAUUGUUAUAAUUAUUCUAUCAAGUGUUUUUGCUUUUAUUUUAUGUGCUGGAGCUGCACUGGUGGUUUAUUUCAAGCUUAGAAGCCGCAGUCAUUUAACUGAAGCAUCACUUGUGUCAACAAAACCUGCAGGUCCUGUUUCUGCAAUGGUCGGGAACAGGCUAGAAAGCAGACCUAUUUCGGCAUCACCGUCCUUCAGCUCAAGCUUGGUGGCAUAUAACGGAUCUGCCAAAACGUUUAGCCUGGCUGAGAUGGAGAAAGCUACGCAUGGAUUUGAUGAGUCCAGAAUUAUUGGUGAGGGUGGUUUUGGGCGUGUCUAUGAAGGUAUUCUUGAGGAUGGAGAACGGGUUGCUAUCAAAGUUCUGAAGCGGGAUGACCAGCAAGGUACCCGGGAAUUUUUGGCUGAGGUCGAGAUGCUUAGCCGAUUGCAUCAUAGGAAUUUGGUUAAGCUGAUAGGUAUAUGCACAGAGGGGCAUAGCCGAUGUUUGGUAUAUGAGCUUGUUCCAAAUGGCAGUGUGGAAUCUCACUUGCAUGCAGGAUCAGACAAGGGGGCUGCUCGGCUUGAUUGGGAUGCUAGGCUCAGAAUUGCACUUGGUGCAGCACGUGCACUUGCGUAUUUGCAUGAAGAUUCAAGUCCACGUGUCAUACACCGUGACUUCAAGUCGAGUAACAUCUUGUUGGAAUAUGACUUCACCCCAAAGGUGUCAGACUUUGGCUUAGCGAAAACUGCUUUGGGUGAGGGAAAUGAGCACAUUUCAACUCGUGUCAUGGGAACUUUUGGGUAUGUUGCUCCUGAAUAUGCGAUGACUGGGCAUCUUCUAGUAAAGAGUGAUGUUUACAGCUACGGUGUUGUUCUUCUUGAGCUUCUUACAGGGAGGAAACCGGUAGAUAUGUCAAGACCUCCUGGACAGGAGAACUUAGUAGCAUGGGCUAGUUCUCUUCUUACAAGCAGGGGUGGUCUGGAAUCAAUCAUAGAUCCUUCACUUGGGAGAAGCAUUCCAUUUGACAGCAUCGCGAAAGUAGCAGCCAUUGCUUCUAUGUGUGUUCAGCCUGAGGUGGAUCAGCGCCCAUUCAUGGGAGAAGUGGUUCAAGCUCUGAAGUUGGUAUGCAAUGAAGGCAGUGAGUUCAACGAGUCCACAAGCUUUAGCCAAGAUUUGCAUAUCCAGGAUGUUGAGAUCAUGAGUAGAGCAAGUAUGGAUAUGGACAUCGAUCCAGCUCUAUCUGCCGAGCUGUUUACUUCAUCAGCACGUUAUGAUGAUGUGGAUGCAUCUGGUUCUUUCCGAAGAUAUUCAAGUUCAGGUCCUCUAAGAGUAGGGAGAGCUGGACACAAUAAAGAGAGGGGACUGUCAACUGGCAGCUCGAGUGAACACGUUGGGCUACAAAGAUUUAGGAUUGAUUCAGAGUAGUCAGCCCGCAGGCAGCUCACUAUGUUGUGAGCAUCGAAGGAACACCCAUUGGCUUUUUUUCUUUCCAAGCCACUAAGCCAGAUUUCACACUCAUCGUGAAGAGUAUCUGUGGCCGUGAAGUGACCGGGAAGUCAGCUGUGUAUCCAGCAGCGUACCAGCUUCUGUGAACGGGAAGUCAAUGAAGGCACUGCAGAAUGGAACAGUUACUGCUGCCUUCUACAAUUCCCACUGGCUUCUUUUGAAUCUGAUACAAGGCUACCUCGCACGCUUUUGUGUACUCCUACAGUGCUAGAGAUGUAUAGAUGCCUUCAGAAAGAGGGGUACACCAGCAAGGUCUUCAACUGUAGAUGUCCAUGAACUUUCCUAGGUUUCCCUUUGUAUCAUGUGUACAUCAACUGGGCAGUCGUGCGCAAGCUGUCACCAUUUUUGGGUUAACGAAAUGACUUUUGCCAUCUUAAGCUGCAACCUCUUGCAGCUUAUGACUUUUGACUGUUUUUUCUA